AUGAUUUUGGAAGGAACUGGCAGAAUGAGUAUCAAUUCCAGCAGCAAUCUACUUCACCAGCAGCCUUCCUGGACAGAUGGAUAUCCCACAUGUAAUGUGCCUGGCAGUUUCUAUGGAACUCAGUGGCAUGAGAUACACCCUCAAUACUGGACCAAGUACCAGGUGUGGGAGUGGCUACAGCAUUUCCUGGAUACCAACCAGCUGGAUGCCAACUGCAUACCUUUCCAGGACUUUGACAUCGAUGGCGAACAUCUGUGCAGCAUGACUUUGCAUGAAUUCACCCACGCAGCUGGGACAGCCGGCCAACUUCUUUACAGCAACCUUCAGCACCUAAAAUGGAAUGGUCAGUGUGGCAGUGAAAUGUACCCGUCACAUAAUGUCGUUGUAAAAACAGAACAAACAGAUCCGUCCUUAAUGGCCUCCUGGAAAGAAGAGAAUUAUUUGUAUGACAGUGGUUAUGGUAGCACAGUAGAGUUAUUGGACAGUAAAACUUUCUGUCGCGCACAGAUUUCCACGACUACUACCAGUCACCAGCCUCUUGAGUCUUCAGAUGAGAAAAAAACACAAGAUCAUCCCCCAAAGUCCCACACCAAGAAGCACAAUCCUCGAGGAACUCACCUCUGGGAAUUUAUCAGAGAUAUUCUCCUGAAUUCAGAGAAGAACCCAGGAUUAAUAAAGUGGGAAGACCGGUCUGAAGGUGUCUUCAGGUUCUUAAAAUCUGAGGCGGUGGCUCAGCUCUGGGGAAAGAAGAAAAACAAUAGCAGCAUGACUUAUGAGAAACUCAGCCGGGCCAUGAGAUACUAUUAUAAAAGAGAAAUACUGGAGCGUGUGGAUGGCCGAAGAUUAGUCUAUAAAUUUGGGAAGAAUGCCCGUGGCUGGAGAGAAAAUGAGAAUUGA